AUUCUCUCCGCAUUAAUGCAUUCCUCCCAUUGACGCACAUGUGUCAUUCCCUCGACUCGUCCGCUCCUUGGCAUCCAAUCGUCCAUACGUUCAACCCCAGCUUCGAUCAUACUCUCCAACCCACCGUGUUUCCAUCCACACACGUGCAAAUAUAACUGCCGACACGCACUGCAACGGACGACUACUAUACUACUGUACUGACUCAACCGCCCUUGUCGGCGAUCAAAAAGCUUGUUGCUGUUUCUCUGCAUCAGCUUUCAUGCCCCCCUCCUCUUGGCAUUGGAAUGGCCUGAUUCUUGGAUCGCCGCCUGUCAGCCUCAUCGUGAUGGCCCAGCCAAGGACCGAGCAGGCAGAUUGAUCAAUCUCCGGUCGGAUGGCCUGUCCCGCUGCCGGUCGAACCGGCAUCUUGGACGGUCUCUGACGGAGGGGUGGUCAAUCUGCCCGAUCAACCUCCUUGUCCGGUCAACCCCGCCUUCGCCGAAACACCAAAUCGCCGACAGAGCGUCCGAGCUUGGAUGGAGCAUUCAUUCGACCUGCUUGUUUGGCGUUCUAUUGGUCUCGGUCAAAACACAGUUGCCGUCUACGUCAUCGGCUCAACCUUAGACCCGACGAGUCAACAACUAGUUGACUGCUACUCCGAACUCGAGUCUCUGACCCUUUCGCUUUGGAUGGCAUCCAUGACACCUGCGGCGCCCCUCGACCGCUCAGAGGCAACGGUUCGCCCAUCCGUCUCACCAUCAUGCCUGUUGACCAUGGAUGAACCGUUUUCCAUGGUCUUCUCCAUCUCGUCUCUAGCUAACAGACAUGUGAGGGGACGGUGAAUUACGGAGCGCCACCUCCGACCCCUCCUCUAAGUCUACACCGAAGAGGCGUUUAGGGUCACAGACGUACGUCACAGAAGGUGCAAGCAACAAUACGGCCACCGUCUUUCUCCACGGUUUGCCGGUGGUUAAAGCUCUGGGGUUUCCCCCCCUCGCAUCAAUUCGGGUUGCAAAGUUAUCUUGCGACUCUGUCUCGACAAAGCCAUUGUGUGGAGGACGAUGGAGCGAUCACCAGAACCACGGCAUACCCUCUACCUGAGUCGAGCCACAAAUGACGCUUUCAUCAUUAACCUCGUCAAACCCAAUGCGGGUCUCGUCCCCUUGUACAGCGUCAGUCACAAUGCCAAAAUGACCAAGAUGGAAGUGCGGAGGACCAAGUGCGAUGCAAUAUCCACCGAACACCGCCCCGUCGGCUCCAUCAAGACCCGCACGAUACCACCGAGAGUCGACAUGGCCGUCCGGGGCGUCAACUUUAAGAUGAUGCGCAAACAUCCCCUGUCCAGCGCCCUCAGCUUCCGCUUCCUGGGCGCCGGGGAGAUGCGCUGGGAGGAGCUGGGCAAGAAGGGCAGGGGCAUGAGGCUCAUCGACUUCAAUGGCAAGACGCUAGCAUACUUCCGUCCCAAGCUGCACGUACUGGGUGGAGGCGGAGGAGGCGGAGGAGGCGGAGUAGGUUACGGGAGCAGCCCGUCCGCAGGCGGCCUGAAUCUGAAGGGGUCAGAUAUCAACAGAGCCGGCCGGGGUCCCGGCUUCGAGCUGCACGCCGCGCUCGCAGAUCUCGACCUGGACCUGGUCGUCGCGACGGGCUUGGCGGCGGCCGAACACCGUCGGCAGUUGGACGAAAGCUGGGACCUGAUGACCAGCGAGGAGUACGAAUAGA